GUACAAUUUAAUUAUAAUAACAUUUCAAAAAUUAUCUGGUGUUACAAAAAUGUUGCUAUCUAUUUUUUUCUUAUUUAAUUAUAUGUGAUAAUUUUAAUUUUUAUAAUGGCACAAACAAGUAAAGUUCUACAAAGAGGAUGCUGUACGAGCAGGAACGUUUUAUGGUACUUGGUAUUUUUUGGAUUUGCUGUAAAUUAUAUGGUUAGAAUGAAUUUAAACAUUGCUAUUGUGUCCAUGAUAAAAGCAAGGCCGAAAAAUAAUGUGACAAUAUCCAGCGAGUGCUUGGUAAACAAACUAAAUGGAACUUUAAUGACAGCUCAAAAUAAUAACUUAUUAAAUCACACCACUGAAUCUUCGUUAUUUUACAAUACAGAAUCUAACACACCCAGUAUUGUUAACAUGCCUUCAAAAAAAGAAGACAAAAAAUUUGACUGGGACGAGAAAAUCCAAUCAAAAAUAUUAGGCAGUUUCUUCUGGGUGCAUUGGGUACUUCAGAUUCCUGGAGGAAUAUUAGCGUCGAAAUAUGGGACUAAAUUAGUAUUUGGUUUGUCAAAUUUUAUUGGAGUUAUACUGUGCUUUUUUAUACCAUGGUUUGCAAAUAUGGGACCUAUAUACCUAAUUACUUUUAGAUGUCUCCAAGGAUUUAUAAUGGGCUCUGCUUGGCCAUCUAUGCAUAAUAUGGCAGCUAGAUGGAUACCACCAAAUGAAAGGAGUUCAUUUAUUACUUCUUAUUUAGGGAGUUCGGUGGGUGCAGCUUUAACAUACUUCAUGUCUGGAUUUAUAAUAGACAAAUGGGGCUGGGAGGCAGCAUUUUACAUUUGCGGAGUUUUAGGAACUUUAUGGUUUAUAUGUUGGUGGUCUCUAAUUUACGAUAGUCCUGCUGAACAUCCUAGAAUAUCUCAAUGGGAAAAAGACCAUAUCAUAAAUAGUAUAGGAGACAGCUACUUAAAAAAUAAGCCUCCUAUUCCAUGGAUAGCAAUUUUAACAAGCCUUCCAGUUAUUAUGAAUAUUAUUGCCCAGUUUGGUGGUGCAUGGGGACUUUUUGCUUUGUCGACAUAUGCUCCUACAUAUUUUAGACUUAUACAUGGAAUGAGCAUGAAAACUACGGGACUGCUCUCAGGAAUGCCUCAUAUAUUUAGAAUGAUUUGGUCGUAUAUUACUUCGCAAAUUGGAGACUACUUACUCAGAACAAACAAAAUAAGUCGAACCAAUGUUCGGAAACUUGGAACUGCAUUGUGUAACAUAGGUCAGGGUUUGUUCAUGAUGGGCCUGGCUCAUUCCGGUUGCAAUUAUUCCAUGGCCAUCGUGUUUGUGACAACGGCCAUAGCGAUACACGGAGCUGUUUCGACGGGGCCACUGGCGAACAUUGUGGAUAUAAGCCCUAAUUAUGCCAGCGUUAUCCUGGGAAUAGUUAACGCCGCUGUCGCAGUGACUGGAUUUAUGACUCCAAUUGUAGCAGGAUACUUAACUCACAACAACCAAUCCGUGAGCCAGUAUCAAAAAUUCUUUUGGUUGGCAGCGGCCUUGCUUUUUUCCAGCGGUUUUCUCUACUGCUUGUUUGCUGAUGCUAAACUUCAGCCUUGGAAUUCAAUCGAAACUAAAAAACCUGAAGAAGAACGAAUGGUUAUCAAAUCAAAUAUUUCUGAAAGGGAUCAAAUGGAAAGAGAAACAGAAAGGAAUAAAAAUAAGGACGGAUAUCAACAGGUUAAUGAAACUGAAGCUGACAAAUAAAUAUGUUAUUUAUAUAUUUAUUUUAAUUUUAAAUACUGUUUAAUUUAAUUCUUCAAAUACUCAAAAUUAUAACUGAAGUUGUGGAUAUAAUAAAACUUUUGAACACAAAUUUGUGUCAAUAAAAGUUACGAAGGUUAUAAUUAAGUUUUCCUGAGUUUAAUAUUUAAUCAAUUAAUAUAUUAAUUACUAUUAAAAUCCCUAAAGAACUAUGAUUUAAAACUGUUUGGCAUUUCUCAAGUAAAAACUUUAUAAAAAAAAUUAUUGCGGCG